ACGCUGCCGACUUUGAGGGUCCAAGGAGGGUGGGGCGGCCCCCUGGGCCCCGCCCCGCCCCGCCCCCGGGCGCCGCGGCCACGACCGAAGCGGCGGCCUCGCCGGAGCCUGCGCACUGGGCCCCCAGCGCUGCCAGCGGCUUUGGGCUUUGCUGUUUGGAAGAUGGCGGACCGCGCCGGCGCCGGCGCCGGCGCCGGCGGCAGCACAUCCUUGAAGGGGCUGCGGAAACGGAUGGUUGCUGCUGCUCACGCCAUUGCUGAAGAAAGACGGAAUCAGAGUGGCCUCAGCUCUCUUCCGUCCCAAUCCUCAAAUAUAAGAUCAACAUUUAAACCAGUAAUAGAUGGAUCUGUGCUUAAAAAUGAUGUAAAACAAAGGUUAGCGAAAGAACGCAGGGAAGAGAAGAAAAGACAAGAUGCUAAUAAAGAAAUACAACUACUUGAAAAAGAAAGAAAGUCCAAGAUCUACUAUGAAAAACAGAUGGAAGAAAAGCAACGAAAGCUGAGAGAACAAAAAGAAAAGGAUGAACAGCGGAGAGUAUCUGCAGAAGAAAAAAGAAAACAAAAAUUGGAGGAAGAAAGGGAGAAAUUCAAAGCUGUUCUUUAUCGUACAUUGGAACGCAGCAACCGAGUGGAUAAUCGUCAAAAAAGAUGGUCGUGGGAAGGCUCUAUGACGAUGAACUCUGAGAGUAAAACUGCCCAUAAGUGUUCUGCAUCUACUGAAAAACUUGAACAGGAGGCUUCCGGUGUACACAAACAAAUGUCCACGUCAUCUGCAGGUCUUCAAAACUCUGUUGCCAAGAAAAAAACAGAAAAGAGAAGAAGCUCGUCUUUGAAUAGAAGAUAUAGCAAACUAAAUUCAUCUACGGAAACAGAACAAGUAGAAGAAAAACCAGUUGCUCGUCAACUGUACACCAAUGUUCGGGAGAAUAAUUUAAUCACUCGCCUGCUUGCGCCCACAAAAGCUUCAAUAGCCAGGAGCAGAAGUGCUGCUUCAUUAUCAGUCCCUGGAAGAGAUACUCCAGGCAUCCACAGUACUUUGAUCCAGUAUGUAAAUGUGCCCUUGCAUAUCCAUGGCAGUGAUGAAUUGAGGAAGACCAGAGUGCUUCGCAAGUCAACAUGGGCAGUGCUUCCUCAGCAGAAAGUAGAAACACCCUCUGAGGUGAGCCUGGAAGCACCUCCUGGGGCAAACAUGGAAGUGGCCCCCAAGGCAAGCUUGGAAGCGGCCCCUAAGGCGAGUGGGGAGACGCCCCCCGAGACGAGCGUUGAAGCUCCCCCCAAGGAGAGCACGGAAGCAACUGCCGAGGCAAGGGGUGAAUUACCCCUCCAGGCAAGUGUGGAAGCAGCUCCAGAGGCAAGUGUGGAAGCGGCCCCCGAGGCCAGUGUGGAAGUGGCCCCUGAGAGCAUGGAAUCACCUGAGGUGAGCAUGGAAUCACCCAAAGCGAGCGUGGAAUCACCCAAAGCGAGCGUGGAAUCACCCAAAGCGAGCGUGGAAUCACCUGAGUUGAGUGUGGAUUCAUCCCUUGAGGCGAGCGUGAAUCCAUCCCCCGAGGUGAGCAUGGACUCGUCCCUCGAGGCGAGCAUGGAGAUGUCAUCUGAGGCGAGCGUGGAAGUGUCCCCCAAGGCGAGCGUGGAAGCCCUCCCCAAGGCGAGCGUGGAAGCGUCAUCUGAGGCGAGCGUGGGAGCGUCCCCCAAGGCGAGCGUGGAAGCGUCAUCUGAGGCGAGCAUGGGGGCGUCCCCUGAGGAUAGUGUGGCAGCCUUCCCCAAGGCGAGUGUGGAAGCGCCCCCUGAGGCAUCCCCUGAGGGGAGCGAGGGAACUUCUUGCAAAGUGGAAGUGAGAGGCUCUCCACAGAAACCGGAAAUAGACAAACAGGCCUCGGACUCUGUUACCGAGAAGUGCCCAUCGUUGCACAUAGCUUCGUAUAGACAGUCAUCUCCUGCAAGCGGAUUGCAUCCACCCUCGCCCAUCAGUGCUAAGCAAGUCCAAAAGAAUCGUCCCCCGUCACCUUCACCUGUCACGUCAAAACAAUCAGGACAGUCUUCUCCUUCCUACAGAAUAAUUUCUGUUCGGGCGCCCCUAUUUGUACAACAUGCGUCAAGUACCAUGGGAAGGAAGAGAGAAGCAGUUGCUAAAACCACUAACAGCUCUGAGGCUGCGAGUCAAAAGCCUAUGGCCUCCGAAGAAUCUGGCAAUAAAAGUGUAGCAGUGACUAUGAAUGCCGAGGAGGCAACAAAGAUCUUGGCAGAAAAACGACGCCUUGCUCGUGAACAAAGGAAAAAAGAAGAAGAAAGACUACGAAAAGAAAUAGAACAAAGGAGGAUGAAAGACCUGGCGAAGAAAGCAGUUGAAGACCAAGAGGAGGAGUUCUCAAAAUCUGAAGAAGAUGGGCAACCACAAAAAGAGAUAAAGAAGAAAGGAUGUCAGGAUCAAGGAGACCAGGAGGGCCUGUUGCAGAAAGGGGAUGCCAAAGUAAAAGCUCAGGAGGAGGCCGACAGACGCAAGAAGGAGCACGAGAGAAUUAUGUUGCAGAAUAUGCAGGAGAGAUUAGAGAGGAAAAAGAGAAUUGAGGAAAUUAUGAAGCGGACAAGAAAGACAGAUUCGAAUGCCUCAAAGGCUACAGACACAUCCGGCAAUGACACUUAUGAUGAGGACGAGGCAGAUGAUGAGGAGGAGUCAGAAAGUGAUGAGGACUCCUUCGAUGACAUGCGUCCAUCAGCCUUUAUCAAUGGCAUGGAUGCAUCCAGAAGACUCAAAACACAUUUUAAAAAUGUGAAGAACACUCCCAAGCUGGUGUUUUUAGAUGCCACUUCUGGCCAAGUCCAUAAAGAGACAAAAGCAUGUUUUAACGGCGACACGGAAACCUUCAGACAAAAAAGCAUGAAAGACCCAUUGAGUCAGGACAAGGGGAGCAGACUGUCCACCAAAAGAACGACAAGCCGAGCAGCAAAAAGUGGAAAGACAAAGGAAGCCAGUAACACCGUGGGAGCUUCCAGGAGUUUCCAUUUGCAGGCGCAGGAAUGGAUCUCUGAGAAGAUGGACACGAGAAGCAUGACGGAGCCGCUGAUGUCCACGGGCCCCCCUGAUAACCAAAGACAUCAUCCGAAAGGUUCCACAACAUUCCACCCAAGUGCCCAGAGGCCUUUAGAGGACAAGAAAAGAAACAAGUCUGUUUCUGCUCGAUCGCAUAAGUAAACCUCGUGCCGCCUGGAAGAGACUUCAUCCUCCACUCUGGAUUUCAACUUCCAGGCCCACCUCCCCCAAUUUUUCCACCUCUGCUUUGAACCUGGCAAAGAAAAUGACCAUCAAAAAAGAGAAAACAUCAAAGAGUCGCCUUAAUGUAUCUCAGAAGAUGCUUAUACCAUCUUGACUCCUGCCAACAAGCAACAGUUCUGAGUAAAGAGGCCCUUUUGUUUUCCUAUAAAAAUCGCCCUUGUCUCAUUUGUAUGUUUUCCUGCCAGCACGUGUGCAAGUGCGCAUCAAGGGUGUCUUUACAAGUUUCUGAAAGAAUCUCUACCAAAGGAAUACUUUUCUUUCAGUACAUAUUUGAAAUCUUAAACUAGUGUUUAUUCUGUUUAACAAUGACAUUAAUUUAGCAAUUAAAAACUCACAUUUGAUCUUGGAGAGAACAUAAUGGGUUAUGUGAGGGACUCCAGGUUACACACAAGAGCCCUGUUCGAUUGUCUCUAGUAUACAAACACUUCUGUAUUUGUAUAUUGCAAAAUAGAGGAAGUCACAUUUUACCAUUAUGUAUAUUUUUUAUUGCCGUCGCCUGCCAGCCGAGUGUGCAGGUGCUGAUGCCCCCGAUGCUGGGCGUCCUAGAAAGCAUGAUCUUGGAACACUGAGCUGCUUUCGUGCCCUGGUCAGUGUUUCCUUUCGAAGUACACAUUGGGGUCUAUUUACCAAAACAUGGGUUCUUUUUAUUGUGUGCCUAAAGCCGUAUUUGGCUGUUGUCUGGUGGGCCAAGUUUGAUUCCGCGAAACGUUUACUGUGUAUCUUUUUCUGCUUGUGCGCUCCAGUCCUGCUCUUCAGUGUACACUCAGCCUUGGGAUAUGGCCCCCAAAUUUGCUUGCCUUUCUCUAGCCACUGGCUGCAAGUGAGGACAGGAGCAGUGUAAUUCUUCAGUCCCCAUGACAGAUGGACACUUGUACACAGACACACAUAUACACACACACGUGUGCACACAGGAUAUAUGUUUCCUGAACUCCAUCGAAUCCUGCUUAAACCAUUGACUAUAACUUGAAUGCAAAUUAGUUGUCCUAAUGGUAAUAAGUUUCCUGGUGAACCACAAACAAUUUGAAGCAGGGCCGUGUUCCUUUCUAGCCACCAGUCUUGGGUUACUAAAAGGAAGGAAUUAUUCUUUCUGAUUUCUCUAGUUCUUUGCUAUUCAGAGUACUGUACCUUUGUUAUAGAUUAGAGCUUGGUGCCUUAGAUUUUGAAACUAUUUUUAUACACUAGGUCUUUUAUAUAGACAGCAGAGACAAUCAUCCUAACGUGAGUUUCUGGUAUUUUUCUGCACAAAUGUCACAUGUUGAAACACUCUGUUACACUUCCUUAUAAACGUGUGCUCUAUCAAAUAAACUUUGCAGAUAAA